CCAAAGCAGACAGUGAAUGAGAGCGAACAUCUGAGGAUCCCUCAUUCAUUCGGUCAUCAAAACAGACGCCAGGAACAACAUGCAGGCAGAUGGACAGAAGGGCGUCGAUGGAGGUCUGCUUCCUGAUGCCAACGGGCGGGAUGGGGACUCCAGCGGGCAGAAGGAGAGCGACGGGAAGUGGCAGAAACCACGCAUCACCCGCAAAUCCCUCAUGAAAUGCUGUCUGGUCAAAUGGAUCAUCGCCAGUGCGGCGCCUCAGGGCUCAAAUGACAGCACUGACAGUGAGCUGGAACUGUCCGCUGUUCGCCAUCAGCCUGAGGGUCUAGAGCAGCUUCAGGCUCAGACUCAGUUCACCAGGAAGGAGCUGCAGUCGCUUUACAGAGGCUUCAAAAAUGAGUGUCCCAGUGGACUGGUGGACGAGGAGACCUUCAAAUCCAUCUACUCCCAGUUCUUCCCUCAAGGAGAUGCGACCACAUAUGCACAUUUCCUUUUCAAUGCCUUUGACAUGGACAGAAAUGGCUCAAUACGAUUUGAGGACUUUGUAAUCGGCCUGUCUGUUCUGCUUCGAGGUUCGGUGACGGAGAAACUGAGAUGGGCCUUCAACUUAUACGACAUUAACAAGGACGGCUACAUCACCAAAGAGGAGAUGUUGGCUAUCAUGAAGUCUAUCUAUGAUAUGAUGGGCAGAUACACUUCUCCUUGUGUCAAAGAUGACGCUGCUUUUGAACAUGUGGAGAAAUUCUUCCAGAAAAUGGACCGAAACAGGGACGGUGUGGUGACCCUUGAGGAGUUCAUCGAGACCUGUCAGAAGGACGAGAACAUCAUGAGCUCCAUGCAGCUGUUUGAGAACGUCAUCUAGAGCUCAGCAUGAAUGAUCCUCCAUCAAACUCUCUUCACACACACACACAGACACUUGUGUUUUCUGUUAUCUCCAGCAUGUGAAUGAGUCUUUUGAUUGAUUGUAAUGAAUGCUGUGCACAGUUGUCUGCGAGAGGGGAUACUGCAGUAUGUUGCCGUUUCGAUGCUCAUUUGUAUAUAUGUAGAUAAUGUCUGUGCUCUUCAGUUUCUGCCUGGUUUAAUGAACGUUCGCAUGUUUGCCUGCUGUUUGUCUGAGCCGUUGUCAUUUUGUACAAAGGAAUAAAGGCAAAUGUGAAUGAA